AUGCCAAAUGUCGCUGUUGAUUACGAUUAUACUUCUUGUCUGUGUUCUGUUAAUUAUUAUUGUACGUUUGUCGUCGUUUCGGUCGAUGGCCUGGACGAACGAUCGUUGCCUAUUUACCGGUGGUUCAACGAUCGUAAAUGACCGCCUUACCGGCUAAUGUUAACAUCUUACUGUUAACAUCUUGCGCUGGAAUGACGUGUCCGGCACGUCGAGAAUUUUUUUGUCCCAAAAUUGCAAUAUUUUCUCAGUUUUAAGUGUAUUUAAAUAUAACCCAAGCAAAACAAAUAAUAAAUUUAUUGCUUCUUAGUAAUUUAUUAAUUUCUAUCCAGUGAUAUCAUACCGACGAGUUCAAGAAGAAAGUGGCGAAUUAUUGUUUGGUCACUCGUUAUGGUCCACGAACCAGCUGCCAGCGCAAGGGUUAGGUUAA